AUGCCCAAAUUCCCGCCAGAAGCAGCCCAACACCAACGAGUCAAGUUCGGAGGCCGACGAAACGGCGUCAUCGACGAGGAUGUCACACCGAAACAAAAAGUCGAAAUCGACAACACGGACGCGCUUAGGCGCAUACGUGAAACGAUCCAGUUGGAUCCUUCACUACCGUGGACAGAAACGCUCGUCGUCACGUAUCCCGAAACCAUUGACGUCGACGUCAAUGACGACCUGAACCGGGAACUUGCAUUCUACAAGCAAGCCCUCCACUCCGCCGAACGGGCGCGCGCGCUCGCGGCCAAACAUUCUUUCCCAUUCACCCGUCCCUCGGACUACUUUGCCGAGAUGGUCAAGUCUGACGCACACAUGGAGCGCAUACGAAUGAAACUCUUGGACGAGCGCGCAGGGAUCAAAAGGGCAGAAGAGAAGAGAAAGGAACGCGAGUCGAAGAAGUUUGGGAAACAGGUGCAGAUCGAGAAACAAAAGGAGAGAGAACAGUCGAAGAAGGAGAUGGGUGAACGGCUCAAGUCACUGAAAAGAAAACGCAAGGGCGCACUUGAGAACGCUGAAGCGGACGGAGAAGAAUUCGAUGUCGCUGUUGAGGAAGCCAUCGGUGACGAACGCUCCUCAAAGCGGUCCAGGAAAGAGGGCGGAAAAAAUAUGUCUCGCAGUGCACGAGACACAAAAUACGGGUUCGGUGGAAAAGGCCGGAGAUCAAAACAAAAUACGAGGUCGUCUACGGAUAGCUUUAUAAGUGGGGCCAACAAGAAGGGCAAGGGUAAAGGAGCCGUGAACAAGAGACCGGGGAAGAGUAAGCGACAAGCUAUAAAGAACCGGCGAUAGUGACCUGUACUUCUGUUUGAUAUAUAUCAUAGCAAUGGAUUCCCUUGUCAGUCCGACGUAUUACGGCGUACCGUACAUCU